GCGCGGGCGGGCGGCGGGGACGGCGAGGUUGGGGGGCCUCUCCCGGCCAGGACCAGCCCCCAAGCCGUCGGAGCCCGGAAUGUGCAGACCACUGCCCUCAUCAGCAGACCUAGGUGCGAACAGGAAGCGUGAGCGAACCCUCCUCCAGUGGUCAGGAAGUGGGGUCCCAUCUCCAGGACCCCAGGCCCCCCCAGCGGCUCACACUCCAGCUCUCCCUGCCCCCCCCCAUUCAUUUAUCUGACACAUACGGGCACAAUCACCCCUUUCCUUGCCGGCGCCACUGCCCCCACGUGGUAGAUAAGAGUCCUCGACCUCUGGUCAAAGCUGGUGGGUGUGAAGGUUGGUGGUGGGGCUGGACCCAAAACUCUUAUACCCAGAGGGGGCAUGGAGGGGGGUGGGCAGCCAGGAUGACCUGACAGCUCUAGGAGUCUCUUGUUCAAAUUUCCACAAGUGGGACAUGAAGCCUCAUUUCUCCCUCCUCCCGCUGCCCCCCAUCAGGUUCCCCAGGCUCCUCUGCACACAGGUCUCCCUGCUUGCUGCCUUUCCAGUCCUGAGGUUCUCAUUCCCCAGCCCUAUUUCAACCAUGAUCUGUUCAGCUGAGGCUUUGGGCUCUGUGGAUCAGCUGGCCUGGCUCAAGGACUGCCCCCAAGCCAGAAUCCCCAUUGCCCUGAGUAGGAGGGCCCAUCCCCACUCCCUUCCACUCCUCCCCCUGACUCUGCAGCCUCCCUGGGCCCUGCCUGAGCAGGCCUGUUUGGCAGGCUGGGACAUGUCUGGACCCCGAGGACAGCCGGUGGGCGAUGGCUGCUGCAGAGGUGGAGGGGCUGGAGCCCGAGGCAGCUGCUGCAGAAGAGGCUGCGGGAGAGGCUGCGGAUGCUGUGGAUGCGGAGCCUGGGGACCCCCCUCUCCUGGUUGGGAACCGGUUGAACCUGGACCUGUACCCUCGGGGCUGCCACCGGCUGCUGAAUCUGUGUGCCCAGCGGCCCCCUCAGCUGCUGGAAGUGGAGUUCUUGCGGCUGAGUGGCCACGAGGACCCUCGGCUGCUGGAGGCCACCCUGGCCCAGGUGCCGUGCAGCCUGCAGCACCUUCGCUCCCUGGUCCUCAGAGGCGGACAACAUCGGGACGUGCUGGGUGCCUGCUCCCGGGGCUCCCUGACCACACUGCCAGCUGGCCUGAGUGGCCUGGCCCGCUUGGCCCACCUAGAUCUGAGCUUCAAUAGCCUGGAGACACUGCCGGCCUGCAUCCCACAGAUGCGUGGCCUGAGCACCCUCCUGCUGUCUUACAACAGCCUUUCAGAGCUGCCUGAGGCCCUCGGAGCCCUUCCCUCCCUCACCUUCCUCUCUGUGAGCCACAACGGCUUGCAGACGCUGCCUACAGCGCUGGGAUCCCUAUCCACCCUGCAGCGCCUUGAUCUCUCAGAGAACCUUCUGGACACCCUGCCCCCUGAGAUUGGAGGCCUGAGCAGCCUCACCGAGCUCAAUCUGGCUUCCAACCGGCUGCAGGGCCUCCCGACCUCCCUUGCCCACCUCCCGCUGCUCACCCGACUGGAUCUGAGGGACAACCAGCUCCGGGACGUGCCCCUCGAGCUACUGGACGCCCCCUUUGUGCGCCUUCGGGGGAACCCCCUGGGCAAGGCUCUACCUGCCUCCCACAGUCCCCCAGAGACGCCCGUGACCCCCGAAAUGCCCAGACUGUUCCUGAAUUCAGAUUUGGACAGCUUCCUUGUGACUCCCCAAGGCUGCUCAGUGACCCUGGCCUGUGGGGUCCGCCUGCAGUUCCCUGCUGGGGCCACCUCUAGCCCUGUCAACAUCCAGUAUCGACUCUGGCUGCCGGAGCCACACCUCGUCCCCUUGGGUCCCCAUGACUCCCUGCUCAGUGGGGUCCUGGAGCUGCAGCCCCACGGGGUGGCCUUCCGGCAGGAGGUGGGCCUGUGGCUACUCUUUGUGCCCCCCCGGGCCCGGCGUUGCCGUGAGGUGGUGGUCAGGACCCUGAGUGAUGACAGCUGGAGUGACCUGGAGACUUACCUGGAAGAAGAGGCACCCAAGAGGCUCUGGGCUCACUGCCAGGUGCCCCACUUCUCGUGGUUCCUCGUGGUUUCACGUCCUGUGUCCAACACCUGCCUGGUGCCACCGCAGGGGACGUUGCUGUACUCCUCAGGACAUCCUGGGGUCAAGGUCACAUUCCCCCCUGGGGCCACCAAUGAGCCUCGUCACGUCCGCAUGCAGGUGGUGCACGUGGGCAGCAGAGAGCUUCGAGCCCUGCUGGAGGAGCCCGAGGCAGCGGCCAGCCCCCUGCUGUGCCUCUCCCAGAGCGGCCCCCCCAGCUUCCUCCGGCCUGUCACUGUGCAGCUGCCUCUGCCCCCUGGUGUCACAGGCCUGAGUCUGGAUCGCGCUUGUCUUCACCUGCUGUACCGGACCCCUCCUGAAGUAGUCUGGGAUGACAUCACAGCUCAGGUGGCACUGGAGAUCACCCACCUGUAUGCUCGCUUCCAGGUCACCCACUUCUCUUGGUACUGGCUCUGGUACACCACCAAGACCUGCGUGGAGGGCCUGGCUCGGAAGGCCUGGGAGCGCCUGCGACUGCACAGGGUGAACCUCAUUGCCCUGCAGAGGCGCCGGGACCCCGAGCAGGUUCUGCUCCAGUGCUUGCCCGGCAACAAGGUGGAUGCCACCCUCCGGCGGCUGCUGGACCGGUACCGAGGCCCUGAGCCCUCUGACACGGUGGAGAUGUUCGAGGGCGAAAAAUUCUUUGCUGCCUUUGAGAGGGGUAUUGACGUGGAUGCUGACCGCCCAGACUGCGUGGCGGGCAGGAUCUGCUUUGUGUUUUACUCACACUUGAAGAACAGGAAGGAGGUGUAUGUGACCACCGCCCUGGACCGGCAGGCUCAGGCUGUGAGGGGCCAGGUGUCCUUCUACCGGGGAGCAGUGCCCGAGGAGGUGCCUGAGGAGGCAGAGGCUGCCCGGCAGAGGAAGGGCACAGACUCCCUCUGGAUGGCCACUCUGCCCAUCAAGCUGCCGAGACUACGGGGGUCCCAGGGGCCAGAGCAGGGGCAGGGGACCAGCCUCUCCCUGGCCCCUCUGACCCUGGGUGAUGCCGAGACUGGCUUCCUGACCCAGAGCAACCUGCAGAAUGUGGCUGGGCGCCUGGGCCCUGACUGGCCAGCCGUGGCCCUGCACCUGGGCAUGCCCUACCGUGAGCUGCAGCGCAUCCGACAUGAGUUCCGGGACGACCUGGAUGGCCAGAUCCGUCAUAUGCUCUUCUCCUGGGCUGAGCGCCAGGCCGGGCAGCCAGGGGCUGUGGGGCUCCUAGUGCAGGCCUUGGAGCAGAGCGACCGGCUGGAUGUUGCUGAAGAGGUGAGGGCUGUCUUGGAGCUCGGCCGCCAGAAGUACAAGGACAGCAUCCAGCGCACAAGCCUGGCCCCCAGGGACCUUGCCCCACCUGAGCCUUCAGCAUCACAGUCCCCAGAGUUUGCCCAGGCCUAGACCCCACUGACUUUGGGCAGGCCCCUGAUGUACCCUGGCCAAUGGUCAGAGGCCCCCAUUUUCAAGCUUUCCCUGUGUAUGGGGACAGUGACCUCCCAUGUGUAACAAAUAUGUACUGUUUUGGCUGCUUCUCAGA